GAUCCCUCCGUAAGUAGGUAAGCACACAUGCAACAUAUAUGCAUGCCCAUUCAUGAUGCUAUACUUGGAUUCGCACAUCUAGAAUUAUUACCAUUGAGCGACCACCUUGCUAAGGCGUCCUUCCCCCCACAGGAUCCCAAAAUGGACUCCCUCGUGCAGCAGCUGGACCUGUACAGCCGGCAGGGCAUCCCUCGCCAGCCGCACCUCCUCACCUGCCAGACGCAUCACGGCGACGAAGAGGUGCUGGUGGAGGACAGUUGGCGGACGCUGGUGGAGUCGCACGAGCAGCUCGACGACCGGCAGGAGCAACAGCAGAGCGCCAUCUGGGAGCUGGUGGAGACGGAGGCCACUUAUAUACACAUGCUCAAAGUCAUUACCGAUCUCUUCCUCGCCUGCCUGUGCAACCUGCAGAACGAGUCUCUGCUGUGCGAGAUCGACACGGACAAGCUGUUCAGCAACAUCCAGGAGAUCUACGCGGCCAACCUCACCUUCUGGCGCGAGCACGUGGUGAGGAUGCUGGAGGAGGCGCGCUCCAACCGGCAGCCGCUGGACCCGACCCUGCUCGCCGAGGCCUUCUACAAGUUCGACGAAUUGUUCCACCCUUACACACGCUACUGUUUAGACCAGAGCCUUUGCCAGCAGUACUGUAAGGAAAAGGACCACGACAACGAAUAUUUCAAAAUGUAUCUUGCGUGGUGCGAGACUCAGAAGGAAUGCAACCGACUCAGACUGAUGGACAUCCUCGUUCAACCUAUGCAACGUUUGACCAAAUACUCGCUCCUCCUCAAGGCCAUUGCAAAGAAGACGAACCUCGAGGACCACAGGAUCAGCCUGCAGGAUAUGAUAAGCCACGUGGAGACCUUCGUGUCGAACGUGAACUCGGCGCUGAGACACAAGCACGAGCAGGAGCGCCUUCGAGACAUCGCCAAGAGGAUCGAAUCCUAUGACGCUGUGGAGGCGCGUGACGACGAGCUGGAACGCGUCGUGAGGAACUACUCGGAGCUCAACCUGACGCAGCCCAUGCCCGGCUGUCCCGAGCACCUGCCGCGCCACAUCCUCCACCACGGCGACCUCCGCCUCCGCGACCCGCACACCAAGAUGGACGUCCACGUGUUCCUCUUCACCGACCUGCUGCUCAUCACGAAGGUCACGCAGCGGAAGGCGGAGAAGGUCAAGGUAAUCCGACCGCCGUAUCACGUGGAGCGACUUGUGUUGGUGGAGCUUAAGGACUGCACAUCCAUUGGCCUCGUUUCAGUCAAUGAAUGGAAUGUUGCUGUUGCCGCCUUCACUUUGCAAUGUCCAGACCAACGUACUCACAGAACCUGGUAUGACGCCCUGAAGCGAGCCAAGGAGCAGUACAAGGAGGCCCAGCAGGCGCGGGAUGUCCUGGUGUACGAUGACAUGAGCUCGGUGGGUCACUUGGUGCCUCGCUCGCCGCGGCCAGGCUCCUCCAGGGCGUCUCGCGUGUCCAGCCUCGCGCACUCACACUCGGGAUCCAUAGACCUGAACGACCCUUCCCCGGGAUCAACUCACCAUCCUCCCAGUGUGGACUUGAGUGAGGUGAGAGCAUCCAGUGCCUCCAGUGACGAUUCUGUUGCUCCUGCUGUGCCGGAGAUACAGAGAUCACGCUCACUAGAGGGUGGUGGUUGUGGUGCUAUAUCCCCUCGUCCUGACCGCCGCCCGGCUUUCCCUAAGACCCCUAAUACACUCAGUGUGACGCCUCCCUACUCGACUGGACAGUCACUCCCGAACCUAACUGUAGAGUCGGCCAACUCCCUGCGGGUGCCAGGAAGCAAUGCCACAAAUCCCAAGGCGUUAUCCCCAUGCAAUCGUGGAGUGUCGUACCCACCCCCAUCACCUCGCACUCUCCGCCGCUCAGCCCCUGUUCCGCAGUCUCGCAACCCACCACUGAUUAAGAGCCGUCAUGUGACUUCCAUGGUUGGAAAUCCACAGGAGGCGGAGCAGGGGGACCAGGAGGACCCUGCCAGAGGAGGACCGAGACGUAUUUCUCGCACAGACAGGAUGGACAACAGGCGGUACCACACUGCCGGGGCCAUUGAUGAUAUCAAGAAACAAGACAGCAAAGACACCAGCAUCCACAAACGCCUCUCAUGGAACUACGGUCAGGGCCCACCGCCGACGUCACGUGACCUCGGCAGUGACCAGGGCAAGUUGGGUCGUCAGAAGCACGCCGUCAAAAGCAUCUCGUGCGAGUCUAUGCACAGCUCCUCAGGGGUGUCAUCGACCUCCUCCUUGCACCGGUCAAUGGGCUCCGAACUUGAGGCCCUGGAAAACAUUGAUGACAACGAGCUGGAAGAUGGAGAGGGCACUGUUGUAGAUCUAACAGUAAGUGACUGCACAAGCCUGAAGAUUUCUCCACAUAUAUCUACAACGUACAUCUGCCAUGACACAGACAUUACUCUUGGUGUCUGCUCACAGUACAUCACUCAGCCAAAUAAUGCAACUGAGCCAACUGAAGGUUGUGAAAACCUUGUGAAAAUUGAUGUGUCUGAGACCGACCCUGGAAUCUCCUCUGUCCAGAUCACAGUGACAGAGGGUGCUUCUUCUUCCUCUUCCAACUUGUCCUCCACAACCCCUUCUUCAGAUGGUGCUCCAGGCAAGACAGACGGCUUGAGGAUGAGAGAAAUUCUCUUGAACGACGCUUCGGUUGAAGCCUCGGAUGUAUGAGGCUGGUCAAAUGCAUCCCUACAUGGGACACAUGACACUUCAUCCAGCUGUUACUGCCUCAGCUCCCUAGUGUUGCCUUACAUUAUGGGUAGUCGUUCAGAGGUCAAGAAGAAGAGGAUUGAAAGAUAAUCUAACAGACAUGCCUUCUGCAAGAAGUGAAAGCUUAGAAGAAAACUAAUUUGGUAUUCUCAGAAUACUAAGGAUUGUGACACUUUUGUAAGUGUAUAAAGAGAAACUACGUCAUGAGACACAGAAGUUGCCACUUCUGAAUGUGGACAGCAGUGUUUGUGCUUUGGUUUAAGGGAUGAAAUGAAGUCAGGACCUAAGAAACAUUGUGCAUUAAGUCCCAUUAUCUCAGUGUCACAGAACCAGUGUCACUCCUUCUUUAAUGGACUUACCUGUGCCCUGAAAUCAGCCUUCCAAAGUUGUUACAGCCAACCUGUGUGGCUGACUUUGAUAAACCCAGUGACUUGUGUGACCCUGGUAUUUUUUGUACAUUCCAUCAUUGUGCAGGAUGUAUUUAUUCUCAAUCCAUUCCUUGGAUAUUGGUACCUCUUUUAUGUCCAUGGUUCUGUGGAUUUCAUAAGAUAUGAUUUGGUACCAGUGGAAUGGAUACUUAUAUAUAAAUAUAUAUACAGUAUAUAUACAUAUAUAUCAACAUUAUACCUUUUUGUGAAU